ACUAUAUUUGUUUCAUGCUGUCAGCAAGAGAAGUUGAAAACAACAGUAUACACAUACAUAUAACAAAGUCGAAGAAAAAACACUUUUCGUUUGAAAAAAUACGUCAAAAUCAAAGCAACGAUCAAUAAAAUCGGCAUAUUGAAUUCCUUCAGACGUACCUAAUUCCACAUAUCGUAUUUUAUCACAUAAAAAAUCUAUUGAAUUAUUUCCAUAGUAGUGAAGCGGUAAAAGCAGCAAAAUUUCGUAGAAACAAACGCAAAAAUUUGACGUGCGCUUUGCGCGAGUGCAGUGAAUGUGAGUGGAGAGCAGAGAUUCAGAGAUUGGCAAAUAAAAACCCGGAAAAGUGAAAAAUUUCAGUGCAACAAAAGUUUUUGUAAAGAGUAGGUGGACGGAGCAAGCGGUUGAUCGUAAACAAAAACAGUAUAUUGCAUAGUUAGUGCAGCGGCCGGUGUACGCAAACGUGUUGCAUUGAUAAAUAUUGCCAUCUCUGUUGCUCAAUAGCGUUGGAGUGGCCAAAACACUUUGCUAGCCAACAAGAGUACAGCAGUGUAACGCGGAUCAAUUCGUUUUGUUUUGAUAGUUCGUUGAACGGCGGUUACGUAGGUGCAAAAGAGAUAUCACGUGUGCUUUGGGCGCAUACUUUGACAGCGAAGAAGUGUAAACGUACAAGGUAGAAAAGAAAUUCGCCUUAACUGGGACGGACAUCUUUCGCUUAGACCAUUUUGAAAAAAUAAAACAUGGCUGGAAGAGCUGGUUUUGAUCACGCUAGAAACUAUGGCGAUCGUCCGGGAAAGCAAUUGCCAACGGAACCUCCAUUUAUUGCGUACGUCGGAAACUUGCCACAAGGGCUAGUACAAGGAGAUGUUAUAAAAAUAUUUCAAGAUUUUGAGGUAAAAAAUGUACGUUUGGUUAAAGACCGGGAAACGGACCAAUUCAAAGGUUUUUGCUAUGUUGAAUUCGAAACUUUGGAGAAUUUGGAACGCGCCUUGGAAUGCGAUGGACGAAUCAAAUUGGACGACUUAUCCGCGCCGCUUAGGAUCGAUAUAGCUGAUCGCAGGAAAAACGAACGAGGAGGUGCUGGUGGUGGUGGUGGUUUUAACAAACGGGGCCCGCCAAGACAAGGUGGCUCUUCAGGAGGUGGUGCCGGAGGCGGUAAUCAUCAAUUUAAUCGUGGAGGAGGCGGUGGUGCCGGUGGUGGUAAUCGCGGCGAUAGUAGAGGUUCGUACAAUGAUAAUUAUGGUCACAACGAUAGAAAUCGCGGCGGAGGCGGCGGCAGCGGUGGUGGUGGUGGCAUGAAUAGAGGAUACAAUGAUCGUCCAGCGAAUAGGGGCCGGUACGGAAAUUUCAACAAUGAUGAUCGCUUCGAGCGAAAUCAUGACCGUAAUCAACGUGAAGGAAGUUUCGGCGCUCAAAGUAGGGAUGGAGGAAACGAUCGCUACAAUAAUUUCAGUAGGAAUAGAGGAGAACGUGAUCGCGAGCGCUCCAACUUCAAUCCUACUCAUAAUGAUAGACCCGCACCGGCAGCUGCCCCGUUAGGCAGUAUAGAUGAUAGCGAGAGGCCACGGCUAAAUCUAAAGCCACGGACCAUACAAGCGCCAAUCAAUGCAUUGGCAGAGACUAAACAGUCGGCCGCGAUCUUUGGCAAUGCCAAACCUCGUGAAGAAAAGUUAAAAGAGUUGCAACAAAAUGAUACUAAGGAGCAUGACGAAGAGGUAGAUGACUAAAGAGCCAGUAGAAGAGAAUUGUUUUUUUCAUAUAAAUGCAAAUAGAAAGAAAGAAAAUAUAAAGCAGCAAACCGAAAGGCCAACAGACGAAGAAUUAAACUACAAUAUAAAUUGCUAAGAUUAGCGUAAAAAACAUUAUAUGAUAAAAACGAUACAAACAGCGACAACAGCAAACGUAAAAAUCCAAAAUAGAACAUUUAAUUUUUUCUUAAGUGACAUUUUUUUGCGGAAAUGGAAGUGAAAAUAAAAAGGAAAAAGUAUAUUUGAUAACAAGCAGACAAGGAGAAAAACCGUGCGAAUUGAAAAUAAAAACAAAAAAACAUUUGAACAAAAAGUAAUUGUGCAAAAGGAGAAAAACUCUCAAAUAAAUAAUUAAAAUAAAUUUACUAAAAAAUAAGUUGAACUAAUGCGUUAAUGGAAGGAUUCGGCAGCGACUGAGAGCAAAAGCCAAGUUGAUUUCAGAAGAGCGGGUACACGGCAAAGCAAACGGGCGCGAGUGAGUUUAUAAAAAGACUUGUAUUGCAAAUAGCUAGCAGGCCUAGUAAAGUCUGGUGGAUUUGAUAAUAGAGAAAUUGAAGUGGCGCGUGGUUCGUGGCGACAGCGGAUAUAACUGAACAUAAAUAACUUGUGACGGCCAAGCGAAUGACGGCGUUGAUUUAAAAACGAAAUUACAUGGAAUUAAAAACUAGAUAUUUUAAAAUAAAAAGGCGUAAUGCUACAAAAACUGAUUAAUUUAAAACUCAAUACAAAGCAAGCUGCAAAAUAUAAAAGCCUAUUUUAAGAAUAUAUUUAAAAUAAACGUACUAAUACUUAUACUUAUAUAUUAUAGAACUGUAGGCUACCGCAGACAACUAAAAGCGAAUGAAAGAAGGAGCAAAAGCAAUACGAAGGAAAUAUUUGCGUAAAUUUAUAAAACUAAAAUUACGAGGUAGUAAGAGCAGUAAAAAAUAAAUAUAAACCUCUUCCCUCCUCAGAUUAGACAAAAAGGCAAAGUAAUAAUAAAGCGCUACACAUAUUAAAUAAUAAACACAAGCAUACAUAACAGGAAAUUACAUUAAUUGAAAUACCAUGAUAUAAAACUUUCAACAAAGGUACUUGCAAGAGGGCGACACAUUUUAUAUAUACAUAUAUAUAUAUAUGCAAAAACUACACAUAUAAUUGGUACUAAGCGUUAAUAAUAAUACAAAGAAACAGAGUACUCGAGAAAAUUUGUCCAAAACAAGCGAUUUAUCGCAAGGUGUGAAAAGUUGAUUGCAAGUGGAAACUAUAACUUUUCUCAAGAACAAAGUGAAGAAAAGAUUGAAUAAGAAAAACGUUUUUAUAAGUUAUAGCUUGCUAGUUUCAGCUUACCUCUUCGAAAAUCAUAUUUUCCACAUGGUAAUAUACAUUGAGAUUUUUGAGCUACCAAAGUAUAAACACGUUUGCCAAUAAAUAUUUCAUAA